CAAACUCCCCUUCUUCUCCACCUGACCUCGCCGUCGCCGUCUCCUUCCCCACCUACUCCAGUCCCCAACCUCGUCGCACCACCCUACUUAACCCCGCGCACCAAACCUAACCCAGACCCACGCGGAUCUUUCUCCCUCUCUCCUCGCCAGACAGCCAGACAGCCCCGAGGAUGGAGUUCCUGCAGGGUCAGAGCAAGGAGACCACGGUGGCCGUCGCUAUCGCCGUCGUCGCCGUGGCCGCCGGCGCCGCCUUCCUCCUCCUCCGCGCCAAGAAACCCAAGGGCUGCUUGGAUGCUGAGAACUUCAAGGAGUUUAAACUUGUGCAGAAGAGGCAGAUCAGUCAUAAUGUGGCCAAGUUCAAGUUCGCUCUCCCGACACCUACUUCUGUGUUGGGACUUCCAAUUGGCCAACAUAUAAGCUGCAGAGGGAAGGAUGCUACUGGCGAGGAAGUAAUCAAGCCUUAUACUCCAACUACACUGGAUUCUGACAUUGGAUACUUUGAGCUUGUUAUUAAGAUGUAUCCCCAAGGAAGAAUGUCUCAUCAUUUUCGUGAGAUGAAAGUUGGUGACUAUUUGUCUGUGAAGGGACCCAAGGGCCGUUUCAAGUACCAACCUGGGCAAGUGAGAGCAUUUGGAAUGUUAGCCGGAGGAUCAGGAAUUACUCCAAUGUUCCAAGUCACAAGGGCAAUUCUUGAAAACCCAAAUGACAAUACAAAAAUUCACUUAAUCUAUGCUAAUGUCACAUAUGAUGACAUUCUUCUGCAGGAAGAACUGGACAAUCUGGCUAAAAACUAUACCGAUCGCUUCAAGAUCUACUAUGUCUUGAAUCAGCCACCCGAAGUCUGGCAUGGUGGUGUUGGGUUUGUAUCCAAGGAUAUGAUCCAGACUCACUGUCCAGCGCCUGCAGCCGACAUUCAGAUAUUGAGAUGUGGACCUCCUCCAAUGAACAAAGCCAUGGCUGCACACCUAGACGACAUUGGCUACACUAAGGAAAUGCAGUUCCAGUUCUAAGUUUUGACGAUAGAAGUGCACCAAAAUAACCUGGCACGUGAGCGCUUUUAUUUCUUUCAAUUUGACAUGGGCUGACUCUAUUGUGAUUUAGCUCGUAUAGACAGAACUCCAUAGUUGGACUGGCAGGCAUGUUCUUAUGAAUGCUACGAAAACUGAUUAAUUUGGUAUCAUUGUAUUCACAAAAGAAAAAGUGUCACUGUACUGUACUGUGCCAGUUAUGCGUCAAUGAUAUGCCAUUUUAGGCAUGAAACCACUACAUGUUUCCUAUGCUA